AUGGACGUUCAGAACAAAGAGGCCAUAUUGGCCCCGGAACAGUCCCCUUCCCUGCCGCCUCGAGAUCUCGAGCAGCAACCCAGUAAUGAACCACCGUCCGAUGUACACGCAUCGGCUUUCAAAAGUCUCGGCAUCCUCGACCAGUUUCUCGCACUAUGGAUCUUUCUGGCAAUGCUCACGGGUAUUUUGUUGGGCAACUUCGUCCCUAGCACAGGCCCGGCACUCCAGAGAGGCAAGUUUGUUGGCGUUUCGAUUCCAAUAGCAAUCGGAUUGUUGGUCAUGAUGUAUCCCAUAUUGUGCAAGGUCAGAUUUGAGACUUUGCAUCACUCCUUCCGUCAAAGAACUCUAUGGGUGCAGAUCAUUUUCAGCAUUUUCGUGAACUGGAUAAUAGCACCCCUGCUGAUGCUGGGCCUAGCCUGGGCCUUCCUGCCCGACGAGCCUGGCCUCCGCGAUGGGCUCAUACUGGUCGGGAUCGCCAGAUGCAUUGCGAUGGUUCUGAUAUGGACUGGGUUGGCUGGUGGUGACAAUGAGUAUUGUGCUAUCCUGGUCGCUAUCAACUCUCUCCUCCAGAUGGUUCUAUUCGCCCCUCUGGCCCUCCUUUUCAUCAACGAUAUCAGCCACUCUUACAGUGGUGUCAACGUCGACUAUGCUCCGGUCGCGAAGAGCGUCGGCGUCUUCCUCGGAAUACCUCUUGCCGCUGCCAUUAUUACCAGAUUUAGCCUUCGAAACCUGGUGGGCAAAGACUGGUACGAGAAGCGAUUCCUGAAAUGGAUUGGGCCCCUGUCAUUGAUCGGCCUCCUUUUCACAAUCAUCGUCCUCUUCGGGUCCCAAGGUCGUCGCGUCGUCCAUCAGAUCGUGUCUGUCGUGAGAGUUGCCGCUCCACUCAUCGUGUACUUUGCGGUCAUAUUCCUAUCGACGCUCUUGAUCACGAGGAGACUCGGUUUCGGAUACAGACUGGCGUGCACCCAGAGCUUUACGGCGGCAAGCAAUAAUUUUGAGUUGGCCAUAGCCGUCGCCAUCGCCACUUAUGGUGUUGACAGUGAUCAAGCUUUGGCAGCAACUGUAGGGCCUCUUAUCGAGGUGCCAGUUCUCCUUGGGUUAGUCUAUGCCGUCAAGUGGUUUGGCAGGCGCCAAAACUGGGCAGCAUAG